AUGCUGCAUAUCUCGUCUCGGUUCCUGAAACCCAUCAAGAUAUACCCAAGGGUAAUCAGAACCCUUCAAACCCAGAAAAACAUUGCAACUCAAAAGGUUACCGCCGAGGGUGCACACGACCGACUCGCCGCUCAACGUCGAAACCGCCCUAUCGCUCCCCAUCUCACAGUCUACAAGUGGACUUAUGUUUCCUCGGCCUCUGCGAUCCAGCGAGUCACUGGGCUGAUGCUUUCGGGGACCUUGUACGGUUUCGCCACACUCUAUCUGUGUGCGCCUGUCCUAGAUCUAAACCUCGAUUCAACAUCCAUGGCGGCCGCGUUUGGAUCCCUUCCAACCACUGCGAAGGCAGCUUUGAAGUUUGGGCUCUCAAUGCCGUUCACGUACCACGGGUUCAAUGGAGUGAAGCAUUUGGUAUGGGAUUCAGGUCGACUUUUGAGCAAAACACGGAGUGGAGGGGCAACAUGGGUCGUUCUUGCGUGUAGCAUUAGCUCCUCGUUUGGCUUGGGUUUGUAUUAA